AUGAGACCCCAUUUGCAGCAGCGCUGCUUGCGCAUUUUUCUUAUCGGCACCAGUAACUACAGGACUAUACCUCUAAAGGAUAUUUAUUCUCCGUCGCUCCUUCCGUCGCUCCACCGAGACCUUCGUGUCAAAGUUGGUGAUGCACUUGGCAUCGAUGUUGGAUUGGACGACUUCGACUCAGACCCCAUAGCUGAAGGUGGUGGUCAAGUCCAUGAGAACGGUGGUCAAGUCAAUGAGAACAGUGCAGACAGUAUGGGAGGCGUUGAAGGUAGCACGAAUGGUGCAGAGGCUGAAGAUGACGGAACUGAUAUCAACCACGAUGGAGAUGGUGACGAGGAUGAGCCUGAGAGAAAUAUGUCUGGCACAAAAGAGAAGUAUGAACUCGACCCCGAUGACUCAGGAUUUGGGGGCAACUGGAAAUUUUGGAGGUUCGUGGAUGCCUCGCUCGAGGGUGUUCGCAAAAUGGCAAAGGCGGAGGCAGAGGAACUUGGUGACGGAACACCAGUUGAGAAUAUCAUCAGGAACAUCCUGGUCGAAUAUUUCCAGCAGGACCUCGCUGAAUUUCCAGGGAGGAGAGCUGUUCCGAAACCUGUUCCCGGCACUAAUCCUUUGUGGCAGACUGAAGAUUCAGACUGA